AGACUACGUAGGGAGGGAAAACCCUAGUUGAUAGACCUGAAAACAUUGUUCUAUGACACGGUUUUACUUCUUAAAGAGAUUGAGGAAAUCAGUCGGAGGAUAUGAGACAACCGAUAACGGCUGAGUGGACUCUGGGCUAGGAUGCGCCAAGGGGACUGCCUAUCCAAACUGACAAUUACACACCUCUGAGGGAAAUGUAUUGAUUUCCGAAUGGAUUUUGUUCUACAUUGCAUGAAAUGGAAGGAAUGUUUUUGAUUUUAAUCAAUAUAGCCUACCACAUUUUGAGCUAGGAUAUUUUAAUGCGUGUUAGCCAAAUUGUUUUGUGUUGCGUGCCUCUACUCGUAGACAGCUUGAAAUGUCUUUGUUGGAAUUGAAUAUGCGGUGUGGUGUAAAACAUACGCCUACUGAACAGGGAGAGAAUGAUUCUCAUUUACCGGGAAUGAGCACCACACUAAUCCCGUGUCAAAACGGUAGUGGUAUUCGUAGGAUGAAAUUCUACGAUAUAACAUGGACAGUGUCAAGACUUCGCGCAGUGGCCGAAUGUCUGAGACAACUUCGGCUGCUUUUUGAGGACUGUUGCGAGCUGGAUGGUCCUAACCAGCUGAAUGUGUCCAUGGGGCUCCAGGCCCUACAGCAGUCUCUCCAGCCCCUGGCGGAAUGCUACCCAUCCACGGGUCGGCCUCCAGUCAGCCACGCCUUCACCAUGCUGCGUCUCUCCCUCACAGAUGUGAAGGUCCCCAGCAAAUCAGAGACCAAGCGCUACAGUGAGAUCUUCCGGGACUUCGAUAAUUUUGAACUCUCUCUGGUCAACUCCACUGUAGAGGAGAUGUUUCUAGACCCUGACUCCCAGUCAAUCGCUGAGACCGUCUCUACGGAAACCACCGACAACACCGAGCUGGAUCACGUGACGUGUGAGGAUGUCUACCCCCCAGAUGGUGAUGACAAAGAUGGAGGUCUAUCAGCCCAGGAAGCAGACCUGGCUCUGUGUCGCUGUGAGGGAGGCGUGGAGCUGGCCCUGCAGUAUGCCAAGAUGUGGUGCCGCUACGCAAAGGACCUGCUGGCCUGGAUGGAGAAGAGAAUCAGUCUGGAGCAAGAGUUUGCCAAGAACAUCGUGAAGGCAGCAGAAACAGCUAAGUCCUGUGUGGCUCAGCAGGACAUGAUGCCUCUGCAGUACAUCUACACCAUGGCCCUGGAGCACGACGUGAAGACCAGCCAGUCUACUAAACAGACAUCAGAGCUGCUGCAGCAACGCUGCUACCAGGCCCUGGCAUCCAAGAAGAAUGAGAUUGAUAAGUGGCGCAGGGAGUUCAAGGAUCAGUGGUCCAGAGAACAGAGGAGGAUGAAUGAGGCGGUGGCGGCUCUGAAGAAGGCUCGUCAGCAGUACCUGCAGCGCAGCGAGGACCUGGAGAAGACCAAGGCGGUGACGGCCAAGGCCGGGGACGAGCUCACAGCGGGAAACAAGACCCUGGACAAGAGGAGGAAGUCACGUGACGACGCACAUUCAAAGGUGAUAGAGGCAGAGAUGCAGUACAGACAGUGUGUGUGUGAGGCCCAGGACCACCAGGACAAGCUGGAGAGAUUGAAGGAGAAAAUCAUAGUUCACACCCGCAAACUCAUCUGCCAGGGGGACACUGUGCUCAAGGAGGCCACAGUGAACAUGUUCUACUUCCAGCGUCAGCAGACGGAGCCGGUUCCCCUGGUCUACCACAACCUGGAGUUGACCUGCAGGCCGUGUGAACCCGGGGAGCCCUACCUGCUCUACAUCUCCAGGAAGAGAAGCCAAGAACAGCCCCUACAAACCUUCACCUUCCAGGAGUUUGUCCCUCAGAACAAGAGUGGCCGUCGUAAGACCAGCAACCCCAGCUCUCUGCAGGACUCCUUCUCCCUGCCUGAAGAAAGUCUAGUUAAACGAAAGGGCUACAGUGACAGUGAGAGCAUAGGAGGCAGUCUGGAAUCUCUGUCCAGCCCAGCCCAUGGCAACAGGAUGCUCCUUAAAGCCCCCUCCACAGGGACCAUGUCAUCAGACGACCUGGAUGAGAGGGACAUGGGCACCGUCCUGGAAGGAGAUUGUGUGGACACCACUCCUGAGGGGAACGGUGCGGUGGGGAAGGUACGGACUACGUCCCGAGCCGCGCUGACGCACCGAUUCCGGAAGAUGAAGAGCAAGAUGGUGAAGUGCAAACAGUGUGACACCUACAUCGUGGUCAACGGCAUCGAGUGUGAGGAGUGUGGCGUGGCGGUCCACAGGAAGUGUCUGGAGGUGUUACAGCAUGAGUGUGAGAACAGGAAGAGCGUUCUGUUUGGCGUGGGUUUCUCCCUGUUGCCCCGGGACCGGCCUGACGAGGUGCCCUAUGUGGUCCAGCGCUGCACGGCCGAGAUAGAGAGCAGGGCCCUCACUCUACAGGGGGUGUAUCGUAUCAGUGGGUCGAAGCCUCGUAUCCAGAAGCUGUGUCAGGUCUUCGAAACCCAGGGGGACCAAGUCGACCUCUCUGACCUUUCACCUCAUGACGUCACCUCGGUCCUCAAACACUUCUUCAAGGAGCUUCCAGAGCCGCUGUUGACCUUUGACCUGUACAAUGACUUCAUCGGGGUGGGCAAGGAGAUCCAGCGUCUCAGUGAGAGGGAGGCGGCAGCAGAGACUCCUGGGAUAGUGAAUGACCUCACAUAUAACCUGAGAGACCUGCUGGAGAGACUGCCCCCAUACCGCUACUACACACUGCAGCAUAUGAUGCGUCACCUUCACAGAGUAUCAGAGAACUACGAGGAGAACAAGAUGUCUCCCAGUAACCUGGGCAUCGUGUUUGGUCCGACCCUGCUGCGCCCGCUGGUGUCUGUAGACGUGUCCAUGGUGGCCCUACUGGAGACCACCUACCAAGCCCUACUGGUGGAGUUUCUCAUCACACACCACCAACACAUCUUUGAUGCUCCACCUCCCGCCCCCACCACCCCCCUCCCUGACACCCCUCCCCGGGCGAUGUGUUCAGGGGGGGGCAAGAAGACUGUUACUGGGGUUGACCCUGGGUCCCAGGACCCCCCCACUAGAGGAGCCUCGUCCAAAGAACGCCCCCGUUCCCUAGAGACUCGUACAAUCAAGAGAGACUCGAGCGAGGGUUAUAUAUCUGACAAGUCGUCGUCCAAUGAGGCAGUGGACCAGCUCAGCCCUGAAGCCAGUGAGAGAGCAGUCGUGGCUGUGAGGGGGGCAUCAACAGAGGCUGCUGCUCUGGGUGAUCUGGUAGGGGGUCCAGAGCCAGCUGACUCUCCCUCCGUGGGGACCCAGCCACGGAGCCACUUCAACAGGCAGCCUGUCAAAUACCAGCGCCAGCCCACCCCGGGUCUCCGCCGCUCUGCGGGCACUACCAGGGCUGGGCUGCUCGGGGAAGAGGAGGAUGAGGAGGAGGAUGAAGAGGAGGAGAGGAAGAGAAACCAACUAAGGAGCGCAGACAGCAGCCGUAGCCCCUCCCCAGAACCUGAACCUGUUAGCCAGAGAAGGAGAAGCCUUCGAUUGGAGCUUCCCCCCGAGACAACCGCCUACCACCUGCUCAGCCAGGCUGGAGGCCACGCCCCAGAGAGCCAGACGGAAAGAGAGAAGACACGCCCAUAUGAGGUUCCACAGGGCAGGCUGCGGGCAAGGACAGUGGUAGUAGAAGCAUCAGUAGCUGAAACAACAGCAGUAGCGGCAGGAGCCAAUCCGACGCCAAGCACCGGUGCUCAGGAGGCGGGGCUUAGGAGUUGGUCUGCCACAUUGUCUCAGCUGAACGUGAACCAGUCCAAUAACAGGCAGGGGUGGGUGGGUGAGAGGCGGAGACUGAGCGGAGAGGAGGGUCUGAGUGGCCCGGCCCGGAAGAUCUUGUCAGGGCUGAAGCUCAGACGUAGCCACUCAGGACUUCAGCAACACUUUGUCUGAGGAGGAGGAAGGUUGGAACUUGGAACCAUAGAAUUAGAAUCACAUUUGAGAAUGGACAUUAGCCAUUCAAGUCAACGUUCCAUAGACUGACAGGAUUCUAUUUCUAUGGUUAAACCCAUAGAAGGGAUGAAUUGUAUUGUGUCACGUCAAGUGUUUUUUACAAAUACAGUGAAAAAUGACAUACACUUAUGAUUACUCGAGAAUACUCAUAAAUACAGAACAUACUAACAUACCUACUCAUUCAAGGGUUUUUCUUUAUUUCUACUAUUUUCUACAUUGUAGAAUAAUAGUGAAGACAUCAAAACUAUGAAAUAACACAUGUAGAAUCAUGUAGUAACCAAAAAACGGUUAAACAAAUCUAAAUAGAUUUUAUAUUUGAAAUUCCGCGAAGUAUCCACCCUUUGCCUUGAUGACAGCUUUGCACACUCUUGGAGUUCACUCAACCAGUUUCAUGAGGAAUGCACCUGUAAUGCAUUUAAAUUAACAGGUGUGCCUUGUUAAAAGUUAAUUUGUGGAAUUUCUUUCCUUCUUAAUGCGUUUGAGCCAAUCAGUUGGCAAGGAAGGGGUGGUAUACAGAAGAUAGCCCUAUUUGGUAAAAGACCAUAUUAUGGCAAGAACAGCUCAAAUAAGCAAAGAGAAACGACCGUCCAUUACACAUACUUUAAGACAUGAAGGUCAGUCAAUUCGAAACAUUUCAAGAACUUUUAAAGUUUUUUUCAAGUGCAGUCGCAAAAGUCGUGUAGACCGCCACAGGAAAGGAAGACUCGGAGUUACCUCUGCUGCAAAGGAUAAAUUCAUUAGAGUUCACUGCACCUCUGAUUGCAGCCCCAAAAAAUACUUCACAGAGUUCAAGUAACAGACACAUCUCAACAUCAACUGUUCAGAGGAGACUGCAUGAAUCAGGCCUUCAUGGUCGAAUUGCUGAAAUAGAAACCACUACUAAAGGACACCAAUAAGAAAAAGAGACUUGCUUGUGCCAAGAAAUACAAGCAAUGGACAUUAGACCAGUGUGAAUCUGUCCUUUGGUCUGAUUAGUCCAAAUUUGAGAUAUUUGUUUCCAACUGCUGUGUCUUUGUGAGAUGCAGAAUAGGUGAACGGAUGAUCUCCGCAUGUGUGGUUCCCACAGUGAAGCAUGGAGGUGGAGGUGAUGGUGUCUUCACUAUUAUUCUACAAUGUAGAAAAUAGUCAAAAAUAAAGAAAAACCCUGGAAUGAGUACUUGUGUCAACUUUUGACUGGUACUGUAACUCAUCACAGUUAUGCACGUAGAUAUAUAUAAAUGAAAAGCUCACCAAAGGGCCUACUCACACACUGUCCAUACGCACUGUCUAUAUACACAGACACACAUAGCCAAAUCUAGACUUUAAAUAAUGAAGCCCUAUACUGUAUGUAUAAUUUGCAUCAACAUCCGUUGUAAUGCUAUCGUCAGGACUUCCGUGACAAUUCCAGUCAUGCACACACUACACCGUGUGUGUCUUCAAUAGAAACCAAACUGAACCAAAUGGGGAGGGACCUACCUGAAUAUGUCCAAUAGAAACUCUGGUAGCACUUUAUAGCAACUCCACGUAAUAAAGCAUUUGUAAUGGAUUAGUAAAUAGUUUAUUCAUUUUUUUUUCUUAAUCAAUUCUCCAUUCAUAAGAUGUUUAAUAUAGGUCAUUGAAGCCAUUUGAAGAAUCAUUAGUUACGUCGUUUUGCGUGGCCCUCGUGUAAAUGGUGUGCAAUUUACACUUUAGAAGUACUUUAUAAAUGUUCUGACUGACCAGUGUAAUUUCUCACAAAAAGAUGGACAUGCCAUUGGUAGUCAGACGGUCCAGCUGUACCUGAUGCUCCUUAAUUAAGGUCUGAAACAUACAGUGUCAAUGGUAAAAGAACAAGUACACAACACAGGAUGUUUAAAGGGGUCAAUACAGACUUUUUCAUCUCAAUAUCAAAUAAUUUCUGGGUAACAAUUAAGUACCUCACUGUGAUUGUUUUCAAUUCAAAUGGUCAAGGAGAUUCUUAGCAAUCAGCAAUUUCUCAAGCAAGAAUUUUGCUCAUGGUCUGAGUGGGGAGGGGAAAACAUAAAAACUAGCUGAUAUUGGCAGAGAAUUUUGGAAGCUCUUAUACUAAAAGGGCAUUGUCAUAAUUUUCACAAUUUCACUGAAUUAUUCCAAUCUCAUAUUGUGGAAAUAUAUAUAAAACACGUGAAAAUCUAGUGUUUGACUGGAGUGGGCCUUUAAAUUAAGGAAAUAUAUCAAACAUUUUAUUCACGAAAACUGUUGUAGGAAGAGGUGUAAUGUAGAGGUCUGCACCAGACUGAUUUAUUCAUCCAGCUCCUGCCUGCACCCGCUCUCGCCCACACCAGCAGUUUUUCAUACCGCUGCUGGCUUUCUGUCCGACUCCCACCCGCUACUGUAAGAACUGGUCCCGAACCCAACUGCAGUCCCGCAAUGUUCUUUUAUGCUUAUGUGGCCCAGCUCACUCCACCCUGUAUCGCACAGGAAUGCAGCCCUCUAUUGUAACGUGAAUGUUUUGCUAAUCUUGUCAACCUCACAAACGCAAACCAGUCAUACAACUGGGAGAUGUAGCCUACACACAACAGCUGGCCAGAUCGGUUGUUCUCUCUUAUUCAUUCAUGACUACUGAUAGGCCUAUGUGAUUGAGGUAGAUAUGUUCCAUGUAUGAUUUGCAGAUAGAAAUGUGACAUGUAGAACUUUUAAAUCCUUCCAGUCUUUUAACCACACACUAUUUUCAAACGGCUUUGUUUUUUUGGCGACACUUUUACUGGGCCUUUAAAAUGUAGUCACUCUUUAAACAUAAUGGGAUAGUUCAGCUAAAUUAUGAAUUCAGAUAUUUGUUUCCCUACCUCGCAAGCUGUAUAUUGACUGACUGCUCCACGCGUUGGUUUUGGUAUAAAUGUCACUGCCAAGAAACGCUAAUGAUAGCAUUUUCAGACGAAAAAACGUUGUUCUAGUCAGCAUAGAAUGUGUCUGAAGUUACAUAUCGCACUAUUAUUACAACAGUGUGACUGUUUCGGAAUAAAAUGUUCAAUAUAUUUAAAAAAUCAUCUGUAUUGUGUGCUUAUUGUUUGUUUAACCAUUGAUAUGUUCUAGGGGCCAUUUUGAGACCUGCAGCAGGUACUGCUAGAAUGUCUACCAAUGAAUGGCAUGUCCAUCUUUUAAUGAGAAAUUACACUGGUCACUCAAAGCGUUUAUAAAGUAUAAAUAGCCCACACUUUAGAUCACGCCACGCAAAAAUACUUAACUAAUGAUUAGACAAUGGUUUAUACGGACCUAUAUUAAAAUUGUAUGAAUGAGUAAUGACUAAUAAAUGAUGCAUGAGCUAUUUUACUAAUCCAUUAUAAAUGCUCUAUUACAUGGAUUUAUUAUAAAGUAAUACCGACACAUGUUUCCAUUGUGAAACGUUUUGCUACUGUACGGUGUGCACUAAUGAAUACACACUAUAUCUCUAACAAGCCAGGAUUGGGCCGGAAACCAAUAGCCAGCUCUGGUAUAGAAGGGACUCCAUUAACCUAAAUAUAGCAGGAGAAGCACUGUAAUAACCUCUUUAAGGAGAAGUCCACGUGUUUCAUCCCAAAUGGCACUCUAUUCCCAGUAGUACACUACUGUUGACCAGUGAGGGACGGUAAGGAUUUGGAACUAGGGUUCCGUUUAGAACAUAUUUCCACUGUAACCCCUUUAGCGAGGAAGCACACUCUCUCCUGAGUUCAGGCGAACUAGUUUCUAUGGGGGGGUCAUUUUUUUGUAAAGUUAAUCUGGACUGCUCUGAAAUAUUUGUAACUGUAACUAUGAACUGCUCUGAAUAUUUGGAUAGAGUUAGAGUUUCUGGGGGGAAAGUAUGCUCUAUGCAGCAGCGCACACAAAGACGAAGGCUAGAUAAGACUGCCCACUUACGGUCACAGGGCUGGACAAUACAUCGCUGUCUUUACUAUAACCUUAUCCUCUUGACGAAUUCUGUAAAAAGUCCCCCUCCAGUUCUGACACGAGUGUUUCCUGCACUGUUCGCUAUUCCCUUAAUAACGUGAAUGCCAAGACUUCCACUGUAAGCAAACGGUCGAUACAUGUGCGAUUUUUCUAUUAGGGUUUUAUAGGAAGCUCAUCGGAAUGCUGUAAGAUUUCUAUUAAUAAACACAUAUUAUUAUAUAAAGAUGUACUUA